AUGCUGGUUACCUAUUUGGAAGCCAGCCAGGACCUUUGCGAGACGGACUCAAUUCUUUUUGGCGCCGCACUGGCAGUCUGCCGUAUUAUAGGCGCCAAACUUUCCACGGCUGGACGCGCUACUGGACAAAGUAGUGCUAUCCCAGCCUGGAGAAUAAGAAUUGAAGAACGUAUCGCAAAGGCUAGGGCCCUCGUCGGCAGACUGAUAUGCUUCAGGUCAGGCAAUACCAGGCCAAGGAUUGUGCGCACCGUCAGGAUGGCGUUUGCUGGGACAAAUGUUAGUUUGUCCCAGCCGGAUAUAAUGCAAAAACUGACGGAGCGCAUAAACGACCUGAAGCAAAGAAUCGCUGCUUGGGGAAAGCGGAUUCGGCGAUCUACCGAGAGGUCGACACGGUUCAACCAGAAUCGUCUCUUCCAGAGUGAUCAGAAGAGGCUCUAUAAAUCAUUGGAGCGACCAAUAGUAAGAGGAACGGGCCCAGCACCAAAUCAGGCCGACACGGUCGCAUUCUGGCGCAGCCUGUGGUCAGAGCCCGUAAACCACAACGAGGGCCCUUGGACGGAAGUUGUGGCGAGUCAGUGUGCGGGUAUUACGCCCAUGGACCCCGUCAUCAUAACGCCGGAUGACGUAGCUGAGGCGGUCCGUAGGGCCCCGAACUGGAAAAGUCCGGGGCUUGACGGGCUGCAUCACUACUGGCUGAAGGGGUUCAUGGUGUGUCACGCUGUGCUCGCCCGACAGUUUCAAGAGGCUCUCAACCAGAAGUCGCUCCCAAGCCUCUUCACUACUGGGAUCACUCAUUUGGUUCCUAAAGAUCAGGAUGCCACAGACCCGAGCAAAUACCGCCCCAUCACGUGGCCGCUGCCUGGGGGUCGCCGGGGCGCGUCUGGAGCUGGCGCUGGACGCGGCAGCAUGCGGGCCGCCAGCCGAGCGCGAGGAGCUGCAAGAUCACCUACCAGCCCCCCGCAUCCAUCAUCCCCACCAGACGGCUUGAUGUCGGCAGGGUCCUCUCGGACUCGGCAAGCGGCAUCCGCCGCUGGUGGAGUGCGCCGCAUGCGUUGGACAAGGGAUAUGAACGCAAACGCAUUGCGGGCGUACUAUAGGGCGAAAGGGGAAGAAACUGCGGGGAUAGCGUAUCGGGCUCGGAUGCAUUGCUUUUUUGCUGAGCUGGAGCCGUCUAUUCCCGUCACGGACCAAAACCUGGCAGACCGAGUUCGGUACAUCAUGCGCUCGAAAAUAUUCGAUGAUGCCGAGCUCGAACGACUACGACGUGAGGCCAUUCCCUCACCGAAUGAAUUGGCUACGGCUGGGGAUGAGGCUCCUCAGGCGACAGACCAGCUGCCACGCGUAGAAGCCGCCAUGGAUCUUCCAGUUGUGGGUGAUUCAGACGAUGAUGAAAUGGUCUCCCACGAACUAGAGCAAAUGAGGAGUAUAUUGGAACAGGCGAUUUUGGAAACGCGCAGCAUGCCUCUCGAAAAUCGACCGCGACUUCCCCGCAUACCCCUAAGCAAGCGAAAUCGGGCUGUCGUGAGGGCUCUUAACCCAAUGCUGGUAACCUAUUUGGAAGCCAGCCGGGACCUUUGCGAGACGGACUCAGUUCUUUUUGGCGCCGCAGUGGCAGCUUGCCGUAUUAUUGGCGCCAAACUUCCCAUGGCUGGACGCGCUACUAAACAAAGUAGCGCCAUCCCAGCCUGGAGAAAAAGAAUUGAGGACCGUAUCGCAAAGGCAAGGGCCCUUAUCGGCAGACUGAUAAGCUUCAGGUCGGGUAAUAAUAGACCGAGGGUUGUGCGCACCGUUAGAAUGGCGUUUGCUGGGACAAAUAUCAGUUUGUCCCAGCCGGAUAUCACGCAGAAACUAACGGAGCGCAUAGACGACCUGAAGCAAAAGAUUGCUGCUUGGGGGAAGCGGAUUCGCCGAUUUACCGAGAGGUCAAGGCGGUUCAACCAGAAUCGUCUCUUCCAGAGUGAUCAGAAGAGGCUCUACAAAUCAUUGGAGCGACCAGAGGCAUGUGGAGCGGGCCCAGGACCGGAUCAGGCUAACACUGUCGCAUUUUGGCGUGGCCUGUGGUCAGAGCCCGUAAACCACAGCGAGGGCCCUUGGACGGAAGUUGUGGCGAGUCAGUGUGCGAGUAUUACGCCCAUGGACCCCGUCAUCAUAACGCCGGAUGACGUAGCUGAGGCGGUCCGUAGAGCCCCGAACUGGAAAAGUCCGGGACUCGACGGACUGCAUCACUACUGGCUGAAGGGGUUCAUGGUGUGUCACGCUGUGCUUGCCCGACAGUUUCAAGAGGCUCUCAACCAGAAGUCGCUCCCUAGCCUCUUCACUACUGGGAUCACUCAUUUGGUUCCUAAAGACCAGGGAAACAUUCUAAUAAAACAAGAUAUGGCUACUAUGACGGACACAUAUGGCACGACGGGCCAGCUCACCUUGAAAUGGGACCCUAAGAAUCUGGAGAUACGCACCACUUCCGUGGAGCGUACCCUUGAGCCCUUAGUGCUGCAGGUGACUACACUCGUGAACAGCAAAGACAAGACUGCCAAGAAGAAGAGACCUGGCAAAUCUAAGCGUGCGAGUGCUCUGGUUGCCACGGUGGAGCGUGCCACCGAGAUCUUCAUUGAGCGCGGGCAGAACAUCGCCUAUGAGAACCCCGAGAUCACGCAGGAGAUGUUGGCUGCUGUUGAGGAAGUCAGGAAGGCUGGUGCUGCGAUGUCGCUAGCAGCUCGUGAGUUCUCCGAGGAGCCUUGCGCAUCUUCGGUGCGAAGUGCGAUGGUGCGUGCGGCGCGCGCGCUGCUGUCGGCCGUCACCCGCCUGCUGAUCCUCGCGGACAUGGUGGACGUGCAUCUGCUGCUCGCGAAGUUGAGGGCGGUGGAGACGGACCUGGACAAGCUGAAGUGCGCGUCGUCGCAGUCGGAGCUGGUGGAGUCGGCGCGGCAGCUGGGCCGCUCGGCCGCCGAGCUGGGCGCGCAGGCGGCACGGCGCCAGCACGAGCUCAAGGAGCCGCGCGCCCGGGACGAGCUGGCUGCCGCGCGCGCCGUGCUCAAGAAGCACUCCACCAUGCUGCUCACCGCCUCCAAGGUGUACGUGCGACAUCCAGAAUUAGCAGCUGCGAAAGCAAACCGCGACUUUGUUCUGCGCGCGGUUUGCUCUGCGGUGGACACGAUCUCAGCCGUCGCGCAAGGACGACCGUUGCCCACUGGUAACAACAGACCACCGAUUGAAGGCCCCGGAGAGUUGGCUCAAGCGCUUGAUGACUUUGAUGAGCGUAUGGUGAUGGAGCCACUGGCAUACUCGGAGCUGCGCACACGACCGUCUCUAGAAGAGAGGCUGGAAUCGAUCAUCUCUGGAGCUGCCCUCAUGGCUGAUAGUUCUUGUACGAGGGACGAGCGACGUGAGCGUAUCGUGGCGGAGUGCAACGCGGUGCGGCAGGCGCUGCAGGACCUGCUGCACGAGUACAUAAACAACGCGGGCAAGGCGGAGCAGUCGGAGGGUCUGGAUCGCGCCAUCGAGCACAUGUGCCGCAAGACGAGAGACCUGCGCCGCCAGCUGCGCAAGGCCGUCGUCGACCACGUGUCCGACAGUUUCUUGGAAACCAACGUGCCUCUUCUCGUGUUGAUGGAGGCUGCACGCAACGGCAACGAGAAGGAAGUAGAGGAGUACGCUGUCGUAUUCACAGAGCACGCUAACAAACUUGUCGAGGUUGCGAAUCUGGUGUGCUCGAUGUCCAACAACGAGGACGGGGUGAAGAUGGUCCGGCAUGCUGCCGCGCAAAUAGAAGCUCUCUGCCCGCAGGUGAUCAACGCUGCGAUGGUGCUGGCGGCGCGCUGCCGCUCGCGCGUGGCGCAGGACAACGGCGCCGCCUUCGCGAGCGCCUGGCGCGCCGCCGUGCGCCUGCUCACGCUCGCCGUCGACGACCUCACCACCAUCGACGACUUCCUCGCCGUCAGCGAGAACCACAUUCUGGAGGACGUGAACAAGUGCGUGGUGGCGCUGCAGGAGGGAGAUCCAGAUUCCCUCGAGCGCACUGCUGGCGCCAUCCGCGGCAGAGCUGCCAGGGUCUGCUCCGUGGUCACCCAGGAGAUGGACAACUACGAGCCCUGCAUCUACACCAAGAGGGUCCUGGAAGCCGUCACCGUGCUCAGGGAUCAAGGUGAGUGGAUUGUUAUUAAGUGUUUUUUCAGAACAGACACAAAAUGUUUGAAGUGA